GAUGACUGAACGGACGCUGCUGCUGCUGUUGGAGUAGGAGAAAAAUCGAGUGCGUUAACUUCCUCGUCUGUUUUGAUGGAAGGUCACAAUUGAAAUGACACAUCCAACGACCAAGCUCUUCAUCAUCAUAAAUGUCAUCAUCGCUACCAACGUCCAAAAUGGACUGUCCAUGUAUGGAACCUCCGAAUUCGAGAUGAAAAUGUUUGAGUCUGGCCAAAAGCAGUUUGAAAUGGCUAAACAAAGGGGCAGUUUGCCCCGGCAAGGAGAGUGCUGGAAGUCGGCAAUCGCCAGCCUGGAAACAGGUUGCAACCAGCUGGACGAAAAUCAGCAUGCCAUGCUGGCCCUGACGUUGGCCGACUGCUUUUUGGAAAUGUCCGGAGCGAGUAGACACAAAUGCGGCGGCUUGCAGGACGCAGCUAAAAGAGCCUCUUGCAUCAAGGGAAUGCCGGACCGGGCCUUCGGCGUUUUCACUGAGUUCUUCUCACAUGUCACCAACAUGUGUUUUUAUCUGAAGAGUAGCGUGUGGCACGAAAUCGCCAGAAAAACAACUGAUAGCCUGUUGACUAUGUCGAUGAGGGUGGACAGACAGAUGAAAGACAUGCUGACUUCCAAUGAAAAUCUAAUCGCUCACCAAGUCAAAACUAUUGCGCUCCAAGAGCAGGUCAUCAACAACGGAGUGAAUUUGGAUGAGGUUAUCAAGAACUCGGCCACCUCAGUUGCAAGACUCCUCUCAGAAUUCCAGGAGAGCACCAUGGAGCAAAGGUUGGCCCUCCUCGACCUCUCUCAAAGGCUGUCAGCAUUGCAGUCGUGGGCUGUUGGUGAAGUCUCGUGGCUGGAAUCUCUGGCAUUUUUUGCCUUAGCAGUGUGCACGGCCUACCUGACAACGGCCUGGACCAGGGCCGCCCAAGCUAGAGGCUGGAUUUUCAUCCUGCUUUUUGUCGGGGUCCUCUUGGAGCAGGCCAUUUUCAAAAUUGUUCUUGCCAAGCUUGAUGGAGCUUCGACUUUAUUUGUAAAGGAUUUUGAACAGGAAAACAUCUACUUCUGGGUGUGGAAGCUGCGGUAUUUGAUCGUCGUGCUUUGCUUCAUGGUGUAUCUCUACUGCAUAUUCACCUACGUGGACUACUCCCAAGAAAACAACAAGCUGCUGACGACAAUUCACGACGUUGUGUUGAAACUGCAAAGCACCACAACCAUUGACACCUUGGACGUCCGCGAGCCAGUUAGACUGGAUCAAAUUGAGACUGACAAGAGUGACGUUGACGACAACAGAACCAGGCGAGAGACCAGUGUCACUUUCGUCAGGGUCGAGCAGAAAACUUAUACGGGCAAAUCAAAGGUACCUACGAGGAGCAGAAGGAAAGCAAUGGCAAUUUUGGAGGACGAUGGAGACCUGGAUUCUCCCAACUCCACUCGGUACAACUUGCGGAAUACGCCAGUGCGGCAGUUGACUUCAGACAACUAGACGAAAGUGCCACAAACCGUUGGACUCGAGGGCCAGAGGCAGACACAGUCCGAGGCUAUCUUUGGGCAGUGCCAGCUGGCGGAAGAGGUCGGUGUCGCCCUUGAGCUCCUUCACGUCUUUCUUCGUGUACGCUGUUUUACCGUCGAUACCUGAAACGCAUUUAUUUUGUCCUCUCUAGAACUUUAAGUUUUAACACCAACUCACCAAAUAGAACAUUUCGGACCCUAGAUUUGUUUAGUGAAAUGUCCUGGUCGAUCAGCAUAUGCAAAGUGAUAUCGUUUUCCGCUAGCAUUUGGCUUGUGAACGGAUAAUCGAGCUGGAACAAAAUGCAUUUAAGCUGGUGGUUUAAUUUUUGUCUCUAAUAAGUUACCACGCUACUUGAGCUGCUACAGUUUGAGCAAGGAAUGAGAAUGAAAGUCUUGGAGGCUUUGGGCCUGAAUCUCAUUUUGGCAGCAUAUGUGAUCGCAUCAAUUGAGGAAGUUGCACCGUUGCCUGAAAAAGUUGAAAAGCAAUUAACCUGUUUUUAAAUUCAUGCAGGAUAAGGUGAUAUGGAUUAUUUUAUUUUGUAACUCAAUUAUGUGUAAAAAUCUUAAAUUGACCAUUUUCAAAUUUACUGAAAAUUUAUUAGUUUAAAUUUGACCUUCCGUUUUUACUUUGUUUGAAACUAAUGUAGAAUUUAAUUUAAAUAAGCAAUUAAUAUAAUUUGCCAUUUUCCAACUAACUGCAGCAUAUGUUAAUAACAAAUUUACCUAUUGGUAGAUUAUCAAGCAAGUUGCUUGCAAAAACCUCUGAAAACUCCUUGUUAGUCAUAAGAGUGCGAGGCUCGUCAAACACGCCAUCACCGCCAAAAGUGACGACCCCAAACCUAUUGUUAAAAGUUUGAUAAGCUACUUGGAUUGACAUCAACUGACAGGAAACAAUUUUACCUGUUGUUUGUAAUAUUCGCCUCUCGCAAUUCAACGUUCAGAAUGUUAAGGAAUUGCUGGAUGUGUUUAAAACGUGAUAUAUUUCCGUUGCAAUCUUUCGCCUCGACGAUGAGCACAAUGUCAGUAGUCCACGGUUCGUUUUCCAUGAUCACUUCCAUAAUUUCGCCGUUGGCCAAAACUCUCUCUUUGAUAUCACACCUGAAGUCAUUAAAAUUUGCAAUCAAGGCUGUAUUAAAUUGACACGUGUAUAUUUUCGUACCAAAUGCAUUCGUCGGGCAGAGUGAUAAUGACGUUUGCUUGGCUGCACUCUUCCAUGUACGCCUUAGCAGAAAUGCAAGCUUCUUUGUCCUUGUAAACUUUGCUUGUAAGACACAUCUCCUUGAAUGGCUCAUAGUCAACCUGGAGUCACAAAUUUUAACAUAGUCAUAGUCAUGUGUUUUGUUUUAGUUUGACUGUCCUUUAAACUGGAUUUCCUACUAACUUUCCUAAUAAAUUAGUUUGUCUGAAAAAUAAA